AGGCGGAGCGGCGGCAGAGCGCGAGCGAGCGAGGGCGGCGGGAGUGGCUGUCUUGUAUUUCUCUGGCUAUGCAGGCGCGGGGCGAAGAUGAGCUCGGGGAAUGCUCUGCGGAGCAAGGCAGUUAGCCGGCCGCCAUAGCGGGAUGGGGUCGGCAAGCGGGAGCCGCAGCAGCCGAGAGCCGCUAGCGCCGCUGCCACAGCCGCGGUGGUUAGCUUGGGCUGGCCGGCUUGGGCGCUGCGGGGCUGCGGCGAGCGCCGCGCUUUUGGCCGCUCUCUGCUACUGGAACUCGCUGCAGGGCGAGUUCGUGCACGACGACGUGUGGGCGAUUGUCAACAACCCGGACGUGCGACCGGGAGCCUCCCCGCUGGCCGCCUUCUCCGACGACUUCUGGGGCAAGGGCAUGGCCGAGAACACCAGCCACAAGUCUUACCGCCCGCUCUGCAUCCUCACCUUCAGGCUGAACAUACUGUUGGCUGGGAUGAAUCCCUUCUACUUCCAUGCCUUGAAUGUAGUCCUGCAUUGCCUUGUGACACUUGUGCUGAUGUAUACUUGUGACAAAACUGUUUUCAAGGAUAGUGGCCUGGCUUUUGUCACAGCUCUAUUUUUUGCUGCCCACCCCAUUCACACUGAGGCCGUAACGGGUAUAGUCGGCAGAGCAGAUGUUCUGGCCUGUCUGUUAUUUCUUUUGGCUUUUCUCUCCUAUAAUAGGAGUGUGGAUCAGCUUUAUGUUGGGGAACAUUUUCCUCCCACUGCCUCCCCGUCCUUUUUGCUGCUUAGUUUAUUUCUUGGGACUUGUGCAAUGCUGGUAAAGGAAACGGGGAUCACCGUAUUUGGCGUCUGCUUAGUGUACGAUGGCUUCCUGCUUUCACAAAAUGGAUCCAGAUUAAAAAAUGGAGGGCUACAUGUGAAGAUGGUUCGGCAGCCAGCAGCGUCUCUACAAACCCCUUUACAUUUUCCGUCAUCCAGCCGGGAGAAUGGGAAGCACCGUGUGGCUCACAGGGGGACAUGGAACUCCUGCCACCCUGCCUCCCCUGAAGAACAACAGGGCGAUGGCCUUUCCACCUUAAGAAAAGCUCCAUGGGCUGUGCUUAGUUACCUGACAGCGAGUAACAAGCAGAAAUUCUUAUAUUCCACAAGACCUUUUUUAAAGAGGGCUGCCUUGGUACUUACCUAUGGGAUCCUACUUAUGUAUUUUCGCCUAUGGAUAAUGGGAGGUUCCAUGCCAGCCUUUUCAGAGCAGGACAAUCCAGCUUCAUUCUCACCGUAUCUUCUUACAAGGUUUCUUACUUAUUCCUACCUCCUGGCCUUCAAUGCCUGGCUUCUACUAGCCCCAAUUACGCUGUGCUAUGAUUGGCAGGUUGGGAGUAUUCCUCUGGUUGAAUCAAUCUGGGAUCUGAGGAAUUUUGCUACCCUGAUCCUUGCAUUCGUGAUGUUUGUCCUUUGUCUACAUUGUUUUGUAGCAUUUAAGAAACUGGAACACAGAGAAAUUCUAGUUGGCCUGUUGUUCCUGAUUUUCCCCUUCAUGCCUGCUAGCAACCUCUUCUUCAGGGUGGGAUUUGUUGUAGCAGAACGCAUCCUGUAUAUGCCUAGUAUGGGCUACUGCAUCCUAUUGGUCCACGGCUUAAACAGGCUUUGCCUGUGGCUACAUAAAUGGGGAAUCACCGCAGUGUCCUUCUCGGCUUUGCUGCUGCUUCUGUUCUCUUGGAAAACAGUGAAACAGAAUGAAAUCUGGUUGUCAAGAGAAUCUCUUUUCAGAUCAGGAGUCCAAACUCUACCCCAUAAUGCCAAGGUUCACUACAACUAUGCCAAUUUUCUGAAAGACCAAGGCCGUGAUAGAGAAGCCAUCUACCAUUACAAAACGGCACUCCAGUUGUAUCCACGUCAUGCAAGUGCCCUCAACAACCUUGGGACGUUGACCAAAGAUAUGGCACAAGCAAAGGAAUACUACACUAAAGCUCUCCAGCUGAAUCCUCAACACAACAGAGUUCUCUUCAAUCUUGGAAAUCUUCUCAAAACCCAAGGGAAGAAAGAGGAAGCACUUCUCCUCCUGAGAAAUUCCAUUCAGUACGGACCAGAUUUUGCCGAUGCCUAUUCUAGUCUCGCUUCACUCUUGGCUGAACAGGAACAGUUAAAAGAAGCCGAGGAAGUAUAUCAGGCUGGCAUCGAGAAUUGUCCCGAAAGCUCUGAUCUGCAUAAUAACUACGGGGUUUUUUUAGUCGAUACUGGAUCUCCAGAGACUGCAGUCUCCCACUAUCAGAAAGCCAUUGAACUUAGCCCCGGUCAUCACGUGGCCAUGGUGAAUCUGGGCAGACUCUACCGCUCCUUGGGGCAGAACAAGGAUGCUGAAAUUUGGUACAAGCGGGCACUUAAAGUAGCACGGAAAACUGAAAUCCUGUCCCCACUAGGAGCACUGUAUUAUAACACAGGUCGAUAUGAAGAUGCAUUAAAGAUUUACAGGGAAGCUGCCUCAUUACAGCCCUCCAACAAAGAGACUCGGCUGGCACUGGCUCAGGUUUUAACAAUGAUGGGACAAGCAAAGGAAGCAGAGCAAAUGUUGAGCCAUAUUGUGACUGAAGGGGCCGAGUGCCUGGAGUGCUACCGCUUGCUAUCUGCCAUCUACAGCAAGCAGGAGAACUACAACAAGGCACUUGAAGCCAUAGACAAAGCUUUACAACUGAAACCAAAGGACCCCAAAAUCAUAUCAGAGCUCUUUUUCACCAAAGGAAACCAGCUAAGAGAACAAAACCACCUGGAUAAAGCUUUUGAGAGCUAUAAAGUGUCGGUAGACUUCAACCCAGAACAAGCACAAGCAUGGAUGAAUAUGGGAGGCAUUGAACAUAUCAAGGGUAACUAUAUCACUGCACGUCAAUAUUACGAGAAAGCUUUACAACUGGUUCCAAACAGCAAGCUGCUGAAAGAAAAUCUGGCAAAACUGGACCGCCUAGAGAGACGGCUGCAGGAAGGGCGGGGAAGAGGGUAACAGGAUUGGCAAGACAAAUCACACACCUCUUGGUUAAUGACUGCCUGUUGUGGAAGCCCCACAUUUCCCUCAAGACAAAAGCGAACAGAACAGAAUUAUGGGGCAGUGGGGACCCAAAACAGGAGGCAUCUAUGAAGGGAUCAUAGAGGAGUCACCAAAGCUUCAGGAGCCCUCCUGGAGAUGUUGUAGGACAGGUGAAAUCCUAACCUUAAUCCAGAGAUGAUGUUGGGGAAAUGCUUCAAAAAUGGCUAAAAUUCAAUGCAUUGCUGGGAUGAUUGUUGGAAGGGAGGCAAGGACUUGUUUUAACAAAAAUCAGAGAAAGUAUUAAUCUUGCAAGAAAAAUGCUCUUGAAACCAGGUGCCUGAUUAGCGAAGAAUGUAGCUGCAUCAGUCAGUGAGGAAGUAAGGGAAGAGACAGGGACAGUUGUCACGGAGGGGAAUAGCACAUUCCCGAGGCACUUGUAAAAUCUUGGUAAUAAAUCUUGAAGAAGAA